AUGUUGCUUCAGUACGUAGUUAAUUGCAUCAUACUAGCGCUUCUAAUUACUUUCGCGUUUAGUUACCAGACGCCGCGUAAUAAGGAAAUUAAUGAUAGUCGAUUUGCGUUGGCCGGCUUUUUGUUUGGAGCUGAAGGGAUGUCUAAUGCAGGCUUUGAGAAAGAAUUUCAAACGAUUGAUGAGUUCUUGUCGACAUUCAAAGGUAUAAUCGGGGCAUAUUAUAGAUUGCCAUUUUCUGGUACGGGUUCUUUUAUGCAUUACGUGGUUGAUAAGGACAACUCAACAACCGUUCCUCCCCUUCUAGAAUUGACUUAUUUUCAAGAGUGCUACGAAUCGACAAAGUGCUUAAAGACUUUUCAUAAAUCUUUUACUAUUCUGAAAGAGGAUCCUUUGGGACCAUUUGCUCAUCCAGAAGUAUUAAUUAAUGGAACUGAAUCUUGUGAACCACGUGAAGACUUGGAUGGGUUAUACUAUGUGCCUUGCCGAACUUCACCAAUGGGACAACUUGUUGACCAUCUCAUGGAUGUUAAACUGACGUUUUCGCUGUAUUCAUUGGUGAGGCAAACUGAUGGCUCACCGAGGUCGAGAGUGUGGUUUGUAGCAUUUACAUUUGGAAUGACUGGACAUAGCUCUGUAAUGACCAUGAAAGCAUCAUUGGACUGUGUCGAUAGACACAUACCUGAGAGACUCCCCAUAAUGAUCAGUUGCACCUUGCUUCCACUGGUCUUUUUGGGUUUUUUGCUUCGUAUUCGCACAUUUCCUCUUUUUUCCGCUUCAAUACUAGAAAUAUUCGCUUUUCAGAAAUGCUGUUUGGAUGAGGUACGAACAUUACCAUCAUGUUUCCACUGUCAAGAAGGAGGUUGGCGUUGUUUGGGCUUUCUAUCGGAUGCGUUUGUGUUAAUGUUUGGCAUUACCGCGCUUGCGAGCCAGUUUUAUCCUGAAAGAGUUUCCGGCUUGGAGCAGGCAGUGACGAUAUUUCUUGGAUUCUCUAUACUCAUAAGCUGUACCCGCUUGGUUUCUAUCUUGAUACUUUUCCCGCGUUGUUACGUCAUAAUUGAUAGCAUUGUGACGGCAGGAAGCCAACUUUCCAUGUACAGUGUCGCCGUUUUUCCCAUCAUGUUUGGAUACGCUUUUUGUGGUCACGUUGUUUUUGGAGCUUUUGGGGGCUAUUUUGGGACGCUGUCGCGUUCAAUUGUCACACUUUUCUGCACGACAUUUGGGGACAACAUUAUUGACACAUUUUUAGUAAUGGACCAAUCCACAUGCAUUCUUCAGAUGCUUUUUGGCCGUCUUUUUAUUGGUACGUACCUUCUUUUAUUUAUAUGUAACAUCCUUAACGUGGCACAUAGCAUUAUUCAAGAUUCCUACACGUACAGUGUGCGGAUGUACUCGGCGUCACGCCGAGAGGAUUCUCGAAUACAGUAUGAUGCUUCAGGUGUUAGCACGGAGGAGUUAGCUGACUUCUUGGAAAAGCUGCGUCGCUAA